UGCUACCUGAGGUAAAUAGUUAGCCUGGCUGUUGAAUGGGGGACAAAUUCAGCCUCUCGCUGCCGCCUUCACACGACCGGACGACCGAGUUAAAAUAAGAAGAGGACAGGUGAACCGCGAGGGGGACAUUCCACCGGGAGCGCGAGGCGAUGUCCGAGUCCGUGAGCUCGAGCCUGCAGAACUGCACGCCGAACGGGUCGAGUCGCCAUGAGAAAAGUUUGGGUCUCCUCACCAUUAAGUUCGUGACGCUGCUCCAAGAGGCUAAGGACGGCGUGCUUGAUCUCAAAGUGGCUGCCGAUAGCCUUGCGGUACGGCAGAAGAGGCGGAUAUAUGACAUCACCAACGUCCUUGAGGGCGUUGGCCUGAUCGAGAAGAAAACCAAGAACAUCAUCCAGUGGAAGGGUCAGAAUGCAGCCUGCCAGACCAGAGAGGCAAUGGAGCGGGUGCAGUUCCUGAAGGCCCAGAUGGCCGAGCUGGAGAUGAAGGAGAAGGAGCUGGACAGUCAGAAAGCCUGGCUACAGCAGAGCAUAAAUCACAUGACCGACGACCCCGUCGACAGCCAAUUUAAGUAUGUCACACAUGAAGACAUCUGCAACGCCUUCAGUGGCGACACCCUGCUGGCCGUCAUCGCCCCCACAGGGACGCAGCUGGAAGUGCCUGUGCCAGAGAUGGGUCAGAACGGUCAGAAGAAAUACCAGGUCAACCUGAAGAGCCAGUCGGCGCCCAUCCAAGUUAUGCUCAUCAACCGCGAGACGACCACCUCCAAGCCCGUGGUCUUCUCCGUCCCUCCCCCUGACGACAUCUCGGCCAUGCCCACGCCCCCCUCCACGCCAGCCAGCGGGUACAAAUACCCUGCUGCUGUUGACCUGUGCCCUCCUGACCAGGAGGUGGCGCUGCCGGACCAGCAGCUCACCCCCAGCUCUGUCGCUGACCUGCAGAUGGACUGUAACCCCCAGUCAACAUCCAGCCUGUUGAUGUCAGAACCCCUGAGCGGCCCGACAGCCGUCACGGAGGCGGGUGACAUGGAAGGUCACGACCUCCAACCCAUGCUGCCCCUGGACGUGGGCAGCCUCCUGAAGGGGAACACGGCGGACCAGCUGAAGGAGGAGCGAGAAGGAGUUUCUGACAUAAUAGAUGAGCUGAUGUCAUCAGAUGUGUUCCCGUUGCUGCGUCUCUCUCCGACCCCGGGCGUGGACUACAACUUCAACCUGGACGACAACGAAGGAGUCUGCGACCUGUUCGAUGUGCAGAUCCUCAAUUACUGA